ACAGAGAUACAGAGAGUAAGUGAGAGUGACUGAGUGUGAGAGAGAGAGAGAGAGAGAGACGCAGGUCGGUGAUGAGUGAGGUGAGGCAGGUGCUUUUUUCUCCUCUCCGUUUCCUGGAGUGCUCGUUUACAUUUUCCUCUCUGGUUCCUCUCCGGUUCCUCUUUGGUUCCUCUCCGGUUACUCCUCACGUGUGAGAAGAUGGGCUCUCCAGCCGUUUCUCUCCUCUUCUCCUCUGCUCUGCUGCUGUCCCUCUCAGUGUCUCGCUCUCAGACGCACAACGACACAGAGCCCGUGGUUCUGGAGGGGAAAUGCCUGGUGGUGUGCGACUCUAAUCCGUCCUCAGACGGGGGCAUCACCUCCUCGUUCGGGAUCUCGGUGCGAGCUCCGGGGGCGAAAGUGGCGUUCUCAGCUGUCAGGGGGACGAACCACGAACCGUCCGAGAUGAGCAACAAGUCCAUGACCAUCUACUUUGACCAGGUUCUCGUCAACAUCGGCCACCAUUUUGACCUGAAGGCGAGUGUGUUCCAGGCACCGAGACGCGGCAUUUACAGCUUCAGCUUUCACGUCGUCAAAGUCUACAACCGACAGACCAUCCAGGUGAACCUGAUGCACAACGAGUACCCGGUCAUAUCAGCGUUCGCAGGAGAUCAGGACGUGACUCGUGAGGCUGCGAGUAACGGAGUUCUUCUGCUUCUGGAGCGAGAUGACCGACUCUACCUGAAACUGGAGAGAGGAAACCUCAUGGGAGGAUGGAAAUAUUCCACCUUCUCCGGAUUUCUCGUCUUCCCGCUCUGAUUUCCAUGUCUUCCAUCUCGGAAUCCUGCUCCUUUAAUCCCACUGUACUGCACAUUAACAAGGGUUUCAUGAAUGUGUGUGCUCUACGAGUGGAUUUAAGGAGCGCCAGGUUCUGAGUUAAAGGAAACAUCUGGCGUUUUUCACUCUGAUCUCUCUGUACUGUAUCUUCAGUUUAUUCCAAACUCACUUAGAAUGGAAAUCUAACCCUAUGUUCAUACCAGCAGGUAAUGAGUCCGUCGUGUCGCUUGUAGUUUGUCUCUUGUGGGCGUGGCUUGUCAAGCAUUUUUAAAAUUCCAAUACUAGCUAUACGGUAGCUUCUAGUUAAACUCAAUUAAAUAACGCACUAAUCAGUGUGAAAAACUGUUUGAUUUACGUGUUAUUAAACCUUACUGUGUUUACUGACGUGUUGGAAAUUUAAAGAUAAAAAUCCAUAAGAACAGUUUUGGGAAGAUUUUCCCUCACAUCUGUCUCAUCUGAACACCGACAUCGUUCCUGUAGAGCUGCUGCAGAUUUCCGUUUGUGUUUUAUAGUUGCGUAAUUUAAACAUUUAUUCAGUAACGUAGCUUCACGUCUGCCCUUAGACCUCCAGACUUCUCUUCUCAGUGGAUGGAGAUUCGAGUGGAAAACGCUGGAGACAUCUGAAACAGCUUCGGCUGGAGAACUUCCUAAUGACCUUGAAGAACCUGGUGAUCAUCGAGUGAUGAUCAGGUUUAAAACCAAACUCUUUAGGAAGAAUAAGGACUGAAGAGCAUGAGGACAUUCUUCGAAAGGACUUGUGUCAUGUUGUUUGAUCAAAAAUACAGCUUGUAUGUAUCACCUUUUAAAUUCUCUCCGAGUCAGGAUUCAGGAUUUUACAGCCUGAAGAACCUAAAAACCGUGCGUAAAGUGUCGUGAAAGAGGAUUGUGUAUAAACCAAAUGCAGUCUAGGCAUGGGUUUUUGAUUAUUUUUGUAUUGAAAAGCACGAAUUCUGUCGCACGCAGCGUGAUUUUCAUUUCGUGAUUCAGUGCUUCAGUUGUUUUGUUCAGUAUUCGUCUUUUAAUUAUUAUUAAUAGCUAUUAAUCCACUAGCGCGAUAUCCGCUCUAUGUGAUUUUUAAAUAUACGUGAAUAUAAACAGCCGACGAUCACCAUGCCAUAAACACAUAACACAGAAUGUAAUCACGAACCAUUCAUUCAGCUUUAUCCCUCAGUAAACAAAACCAAACAAAUGCAACAUGGCUUAUAUUUGCUUUUGUUUGUUUUUUUGUACUUACAGACCAUGUAGAGAAUAAAACUUCACUCGAUCA